AUGGCAUUCAAGAGAGAUUCGAAAAAAAUUCUGGAAACGAAGGGAGUGCAGUACUCCCCAGUAAAGAACGCAGUGGACAGCGCUGUGGACCUGGAAUCGUCCCAGCCGAACGAUGCUUACUGGAAAUCUCUAGCCGAGGAGCGGGAAAAAGCUCUGAACGAGACGCUCGAAGAAAACAAGUCUCUUUGUGAAAUCAUGGAGGUGCGCCAACAAGAACUUGAAGAACUCGCGGUGGAAAACGCUGAGCUGACAGAAGAGAACCGCCUUCUUGCUGAUAAGGCCGCGUCGUUGAGCCAUUUUGAGAAAAUCAUUGCCGAACUUACGAACGAAAUCGCGUGA